AUGACGUCGAAAGUCAGCCCGAAGCUCGAGAAAGCGCCGUUGGCCUACGUCAACGAGCAGUACCUGGCCGACACGGAGUACGUAGUGCGCGUCGCCAAGACACUUCUCAUGCCCAUCGGCAUCUGGCCCCGUUACGGGGACAACAGUACCCUCAGCAACGCCAUAAUCUACAUCCGCGUCUGCCUGAUCUUCUGCCUGAUGCUGUUCCUGCUGACGCCCCACUUCAUCUGGACAUGGUUCAAAGCCGAGGACCUGCGCAAGCUCAUGAAGAUCAUCGCCGCGCAGGUCUUCAGCUCGCUGGCGGUCCUCAAGUUCUGGACGCUGAUCUUGAACAAGCAGGACAUCCGCUACUGCCUCGAGAUCAUGGAGAACGACUACAGGGUGGUCGAGUCCGAGGAGGACCGACAGAUCAUGCUGAAGAACGCCAAGAUCGGCAGGUUCUUCACCACGGCCUAUCUGGGACUGUCUUACGGCGGAGCUUUGCCCUAUCACAUCAUCAUGCCUCUGCUGCAGCCCAGAGUCUUGAGGUCCGACAACACGACCAUGAUUCCGCUGCCCUAUCCCAGCGAGUACGUCUUCUUCAUCGUCGAGGACUCGCCGCUUUACGAGAUCGUCUUCGUCACCCAGAUCCUCAUAAGCAGUAUCAUCCUCUCGACUAACACCGGCGUCUACAGCCUCAUCGCUUGCGUUGUCAUGCACUGCUGCUGUCUGUUCGAGGUGACGAGUAAUCGGGCGGAGAAACUGCUGAGGGGUAUGAAGUACGAUAAGAGCAAAAUCAGCCCGGAGCUGGGGAAAAAAUUGAGCGAACUCAUCGACUUUCACGUGAAAGCUAUACAGUAUGCUGAAACCAUGGAGAAUGCAUUAAACAUAGUAAUGCUGUCCGAGAUGGGUGGCUGCACGAUAAUUAUUUGUUUUUUGGAAUAUGGUAUUUUGCAGGAUCUAGAAGACAGAGAAUAUUUGGGUAUGGUGACCUACAUCAUGCUAAUGACAUCGAUCUUUGUAAACGUAUUUAUUCUAUCGUAUGUCGGCGACAAAGUCAAAGAACAGAGCGAGGCGAUUGGAUUUUCUGCUUACUCCAUGCAAUGGGUCGACUUACCAAAUGAAUUUAUCAUGAAAGAUCUGAAGUUUGUCAUGGCGAGAGCUAAUCAACCUACAAGACUGACAGCAGGGAAACUCUUCGACUUGUCACUUCAGGGAUUCUGUGAUGUGGCAAAAACAUCAAUGGCAUACUUGAAUUUCCUUCGAACGCUAGAAAUCACGUAA